GGCGCGCCAUACGAACGACGACGGGUCGCGCACUACGAGUAGGGCGCUGGUCGGCUCCGAAACCCCGAAGAGAAGGAAGAAGAAGAAGAGCGUGAACAAGAAGCGGGCACAACCGACGACUGAAGCCGAGGCGACUUGACUUGGCGAGUGGCGCGCAGAAAGAUUCUUUCAGGCGGAAAGGAUACGCGAACAGGACUUGAGUCCCGUAACAUACGAAAGGAGUUAAAUCAACGUUAAACACAGGAAGAGGACGAAGCAAGGAAGAUGUCGUCUUCUGCGGUUGCCAAGACUUCCAAGUACACAUACCGCUCUACGGGCGGUGCGGGUCAUGCCGAUGUUAGCAUCGAAUACAGCGCCGACCUGAGCGCUCUCAGUAGACUCGAGGACAAAAUCCGCCUACUGCAGGAUGACCUGGAGUGUGAGAGGGAGCUGCGUCAGAGGAUCGAACGCGAGCGCGCUGACUUAAGCGUGCAAGUCAUCCAGCUGUCCGAACGCCUUGAAGAGGCUGAGGGUGGCGCCGAAUCUCAAUUCGAGAUCAACAAAAAGAGGGACACGGAACUGGCCAAACUGCGCAAACUACUCGAAGAUGUUCAUCUCGAGAGCGAGGAGACCGCACAUCUCUUGCGCAAAAAGCACCAGGAAGUCGUCGUCGAUUUCCAGGAUCAGAUCGAUCAGCUUUCGAAAGCACGCGCCAGAGCUGACAAGGAAAAAUCGAAAUUCCAGCAGGAAGUGUAUGAGCUCCUCGCUCAACUCGACAAUACUACCAAGGAGAAGCUGUUGUCGAUUAAAACGGUCGAGAAACUCGAAGUGCACGUGUCUGAGUUGAAUGUCAAAAUCGAGGAACUGAACCGUACGAUUGUCGAUAUCACCAGCCACAAAACCCGGCUGUCGCAAGAAAAUAUCGAGUUGACCAAGGAGGUUCAAGAUCUUAAGGUAAACAUAGAGAACGUUACUUACUUGAAAACACAAAUCGUGAGUCAACUCGAGGAUGCCCGCCGUCGUCUUGAAGAUGAGGAACGCCGUCGUUCGCUGAUUGAGGCUUCACUGCAUCAGGUUGAGGUGGAAUUGGAAUCCGUUCGCGUUCAAUUGGAAGAAGAGUCUGAAGCGCGUUUGGACAUCGAACGUCAAUUAGUCAAGGCUAAUGGAGAAGUUUCAGUAUGGAGAUCAAAGUACGAGACCGAGGCUAACGCUCGAGCCGAAGAGGUGGAAGAACUUCGUCGUAAGUACUCCGCUCGCAUCCAGGAACAAGAAGAACAAAUUGAAACUUUGCUUGUGAAGAUCAACAACCUCGAGAAGCAGAAAUCGCGCCUGCAAUCGGAAGUAGAAGUUCUCAUCAUCGACUUAGAAAAGGCCAAUGGAACUGCUCGUGAACUUCAGAAACGCGUUGAACAUCUCGAGAAGAUCAAUAUAGAAUUGAAGACACGCUUGGACGAAUCUCUUGCCAUGUACGAGCAAAGCCAGCGCGAUCUCCGAAACAAACAGCAAGAGUUGCAACGCGUGAACGCCGAGCUCGACAAGACUCGUGAACUAAAAGACCAAUUGGCUCGUGAGAACAAGAAACUUGGAGAUGAUCUUAGCGACGCUAAGAAUCAGUUGGCUGACAUGAACCGCAGACUGCACGAACUUGAGCUCGAACUUCGCCGAUUGGAAAAUGAACGUGAAGAAUUGGCUGCCGCUUACAAAGAAGCUGAAGCGGGCCGCAAAAUUGAAGAGCAACGUGCUCAAAGGUUGUCAGCCGAAUUGAGCCAAUUACGUCACGACUACGAACGUCGCAUUGCGGAGAAGGAUGAAGAAAUUGAAAUUAUUCGCAAACAGACAAGCAUUGAAAUCGAGCAGUUGAGCGCCCGCGUGGUUGAAGCCGAGACGAAGCUCAAGACCGAGGUUCAACGCGUGAAGAAGAAGCUCCAUCUCCAGAUCACCGAGUUGGAAUUGUCUUUGGAUGUAGCCAACAAGAACAACAUCGAUCUGCAAAAGACCAUCAAGAAACAAUCCCUUACUUUGACGGAACUGCAAGCUCACUACGACGAAGUACAGCGUCAAUUGCAAGUGACCCUGGACCAGCUGGGCAUCAGUCAACGCCGUCUGCAAUCAUUGACGGCCGAGCUCGAAGAAAUCCGCGGCAAUUACGAAUCCGCUCUGCGCGCGAAGAGAUCCGUCGAGCAACAAUACGAGGAAUCGGUUAGUCGCAUCAACGAACUGACCACAAUCAACGUGAACAUCGCUUCAUCAAAGGCUAAACUCGAGCAAGAACUUGCUACAUUGGCUGGAGAUUACGAGGAGGUCACCAAGGAGUUGAGAGUCAGCGAUGAGAGAUACCAGAGAGUGCAGAACGAGCUCAAGCACACUGUUGAAAUUCUGCAUGAAGAACAGGAACGUAUUGUCAAAAUCGAGGCUAUCAAGAAGUCGUUGGAGAUCGAGGUGAAGAACUUAUCAGUAAGAUUGGAAGAGGUCGAGGCUAACGCUAUCGUUGGGGGCAAACGCAUCAUCAGCAAACUCGAGGCUAGGAUUCGCGAUCUGGAGCUCGAACUGGACGAGGAGAAACGCCGACACUCCGAAACCGUGAAGAUUUUGCGCAAGAAGGAACGCAACGUCAAGGAAGUGAUGAUUCAGAUUGAGGAAGACUCGAAGAACAUCGCAUUGCUGCAGGAAUCGCUCGAUAAGGCCAAUCAGAAAGUCAGCAUCUACAAGAGGCAGCUGCAGGAACAGGAAGGCAUGUCUCAGCAGAGCGUCACCAGGGUUCGUCGCUUCCAGAGAGAGCUCGAGGCCGCGGAGGAUCGCGCCGACACGGCGGAGAGCAACUUGACAUUGAUCCGUGCCAAACACCGCAGCUUCGUCACCACCUCGACCGUGCCCGGCUCCCAGGUGUACCUCGUCCAAGAGACGAGGCAAGACAUUGUAUAAGUUGCCAUCGUCACCAACACCUUUGCCACUUCGAACGUCGCGUCGUCGUCUUUACAAACGAGCUAUAUGAACUCACGUCAAGAUAACAAAAAAAAAAAAAAAAAAAG